CACACGGCGGCCCGGGGCCGGACUACAACUCCCGACAGCCCCCGGGCCCGGCGCCGCCGCUUCCGGCCGCUCCGCUCCCGCCGCUCCGCUCCCGCCAUGGCGCCGUUCGAGCCGGCGGCGCUGCCCGAGCUGCUCCCCAUCUUCUACCGGCGGCUCUUCCCGCACGGCCCCUACGGCCGCUGGCUCAGCUACGGCGGCGUGGUGAAGAAUUACUUCCAGCUGCGGGAAUUCUCCUUCACCCUGCGGGACGAUGUGUACCUGCGCUUCCAGUCCUUCAGCAGCCCGCAGGAGCUGGAGCGGGAGCUGCAGAAGAUCAACCCCUACAAGAUCGACAUCGGGGCCGUCUAUUCCCACCGGCCCAACCAGCACAACACGGUGCACCAGGGAGCUUUUCAGCCGCAGGAGAAGGAGCUGGUCUUUGAUAUUGAUAUGACGGAUUACGAUGAUGUCCGGACGUGCUGCAGCUCGGCUGAUAUCUGCUCCAAGUGCUGGACGCUGAUGACCAUCGCUGUCCGCAUCAUUGACCGCGCGCUCGUGGAGGACCUGGGCGUGCGGCACCGCCUGUGGGUGUACUCUGGCAGGAGGGGUGUGCACUGCUGGGUGUGUGACGACGCCGUAAGGAAAUGGUCCCCAGCACUGCGGGCGGCUGCUGUGGAGUACCUGAGCCUGGUGAAGGGCGGUGCAGACACCGUGAAGAAGGUGACGCUGUCCCACCCCGUGCACCCGUUCAUCAGGCGCUCCCUGGCCGUGGUGCAGGAAUACUUUGAGGAAUUUGCUCUGCGGGGUCAGGACAUCCUGGGCAGCCCCGAGAAAUGGGACAAGGUGCUGGCGCUCCUCCCCGAGGAGCAGCGGGAGGCGCUGCGGGCCGAGUUCCCGCGCAGGAAGGACUCUGUGCAGCGCUGGGAGCUGCUGCGGGCGCGCCUGGAGCGGGAGCGCGCGCGGGGCCGCGCCCCGGCAGCGCCGCCCGAGUGGGAGCUGAUGCUGCAGCUCUGCUUCCCCCGGCUGGACUGCAACGUCAGCAAAGGGCUCGGCCACCUCCUCAAGAGCCCCUUCAGCGUGCACCCCAAAACCGGCCGUAUUUCUGUGCCCCUGGACCUGCAGAGACUGGACCAGUUUGACCCAUUUGCUGUCCCCACCAUCACUUCCCUGUGCCAGGAGCUGGAUGCUGCUGACAGUGAUGGGGAGCAGGAGGAUGGAGGGGCCACGGAGCCGAAACGGCGCACGAGGGACUAUAAGAAGACCAGCCUGGCCCCUUAUGUGAGAGUGUUUGAGCAGUUUGUGGAGGGGAUGGAAAACGCCCGGCGGGGAGAGCGGAUCCGUCAGAGCGAUCUGCAAGGAGAUUUCUGAGGCCUUGAAGCUGCCAGUGUCACAGCUUGUCCUUGUCACCAGUUGGCCAUGGGGGUCCCAGUGCCUUGGAGCAGCCAAAGCACUCGGGCUCCCUGCCCCUUCCCCACUUUUUGUGCCUUUUGUACUGUUUUUUACACAAAGACAAUUAAAUGUUUCUGGUUACCCA